AUAAAUCACAGCGUCCAUAUCAACAGAAAACAAAACAAAGUAAAGUAGAAUAUUAGGAAUUAAAACUCGUAAAAAGUGCAAUAUUUAUGACUAUUUUUGACCAGUAGAAAAAUGAAAUCCCUGGGCUCAGGCCAGGCCCUCAUUGAUGUAAAGACAAUGAAAUAGGCUCUACCUAGGAAAAAGAACAUCUCAAUAGAUGGACCCCAGAGGUUACUCACAACCCCCAGGGGAUAAACUAUUACAGAACCAGGCCCAGUUACUACACAGACUACGCACAACAAACUCUGAGCUUGGUGGAUACAAAGAGGGACCACAUCUAAACCACAGGAGAGCUUCUCCCAUUCAUCCUGCAGGUGAAAAUAGUUUAAAAAAUGAAAAUGCCCUGAAAGAUCUCCUAGCAAAAAGAAAGAAGGAUUUAAAAGAUGAACUUGCAAUUUUCCGCACAGACCGUAGAAAUCUAGAAGAUGAAAGAGAAAAACUGCAUGAGCAGACAGAGAAGAUGCAACGGUCCAAAGAUAAAUGGAGAAUUCCUAAUUACAAUGUCUUGGAUCCAAUUGUGCCCUCUAGUGGGGAGUAUAAGCUCCUUGAUGAGCCAAGUACAAUGCACCCAAACGAAUUGGAGGCAUACGCUAUCAGGACCGAAGCAAAGAUUCCCAAGCUACAAGCGGAUAUAGAUAGAAGACGCCAUGAAGUUCACAUGAUGCGAACCAAUCCUCAGCAUCUGGAGGGCUGGUCUUAUGAGCCCCACCAAUCCCAGACGUACCACAUGGUGCGUGAAAUCUUGGUUGAGGUGGCUGAUGGGAUAUUGCUCUUUGAACCCGGAAAGUGGAAGGAAGAUAGAUUGAAAGUCGAACGUGUUUUAGAGCAACAAGAAAGGACAGUUAACGAACACAAACUACACCUGUUAAAAGAGAGAAUUUCCCAUCUGCUUGUUGAAGAGAUCAUUUUAGAGGUGUCUGCAAAGUUAUGUCGAGAAAUUGUUGAGGAACACCAGAGUACAGAGAACUACAUCCGUGCCAUGACGCAGCUUUUAGUAAUCAAUUCGGCCGAGGCUGUAGCAACCAAGAAGAAAGAAGGUCGGGAUGAAGCUGACCCUGCCUACUCCUUAGUUACAGGAACUUACCAUCAAAUGAUGAACGAAAGACAGAAGAAAAGAGAAAAAAUCUGGCUGCAUACUCAAAAGCUCCAUUUCGUUGGUGAAGAAGAGGAUAACUCAGAUAUUUCAAACUCUGGUUAUGACAAUGAUGAAGACAUCCAGGUACUGCAUUUCCAAGAUACUGAUGUUCUGAAUGAAAGAAGGAGCGACCUAAUACCUGCAGCUUUGAAGAUUUACUUUAUAAAAGAACGUGAUUAUUGGAAGAAUAUGUCAGUGAAGAUGAGCGAGUUGAAAGUUAUCCGUCGAACUAAAGGCGUAGAGCUGACAUCGCUGUCGCCUGACCACCGACUUCUAGCAAUUGGGUACUCUCACGGAGAUAUUUUAGUAUAUGAUUUAUGGGCGAGCCCGGUACAACUGACAAGGCUGAUAUCAAACGAGAGUAUUUAUAACGAUCCCAUAAUAAGUUUCAAAUGGAGUUGGGAUGGCAUGAGAUUGAUUUCAGUUAAUGAAUCCGGAUCACUUCACAUGUGGUCAAUGGUAUCUGGAGGCUUUACUAAGAAAGAUACCAAAGAUUUUGAAGUUGUAGCUGGACGUGGCAAUACACAUCCUCAACAACUGACCCUUUAUGCUGCACUCGCCCCUAAAGAUUACAAGUUCAAACAAGGUCCACUGGCUGAGAGUGGUACUGAGACAGCCACCCUUGGACCAAGUCUUUCUUGUUUUUAUCCAAGUCAAACUUUACUGGGAACUCAAAAUGAGUUUGUUGUUGGAUUUGAUAAUGGGGACCUUCUGAAAUGCAACAUUGAACCUUUGAUUGCAGGAUCUGGCUCAGAUGAAUUAACCCCAGAGGUCAAAACCUUUCCCAAGGUUAACCUGCCAAAUCAGCCCAAUUACAUUGGACAGGAUAUUCCGGCUGACCUAUUCCGUUGUCAUGAGCACCCAUUGGUCCUUGUAGGAUGCAUUGGUAACCGUGGUAAUGUUUUAUCAGUAGAUGCCAAUGGCUACAUAAAUGUCUGGGAGUACAACAAGAAACAUGUGAGUCACUUUGGGUGGUUUGAGCCUUUAGCACGUUACCGUCUUGUGAUGGUUGAGAGGACAUUUGUCCGUGUUGAUGGUCAAACACAACAGGUAUUGUUUGACGAAGAGAAGUACAAGAGUAAGAAGAAGUCCACUCAAAAAAUACUAACAAACAGGUGUGACAAGGAAUUCAACUUGUUUGCUGUCAUUGCGACAAGGUCAUUUGAUCUCACUCCUGGUUGA